CUUAUCGGAUGCAAUCGGAUUUUUUCGGCCUCCUGCUUCGUGAUUUCCGGGAUUUCGUAGAAGUGGGUUCACAGAAGCCCAUGGUCCACGGCUGAAACAGUAUCGCCCUCAAACAUUGGGCAGCGAUGUUAAGAGCAGCAAGACAUCCGGUUUCGUGAAUCUUUGCCUUCUGUGCUUUCGGUUGACGCUGUGAACUGGUCGGAAUGAGUUUACAGAGUUGGUCAGUAUGACAGCAGACCACAGUAAGCUCUCGUCCCAAUAGUUACUUUAGUCACCACUUGUUGUUUUUUUCCGUCGGCCAGUCAAACAGCGGAUCAUCGGCGAGAGUGCAGCCGGUUACUUUUGAACAUUAAUGCUGUUUGGGACAAGACCGCACAUUGACAGACAGAGUUUUUGUGAGAACCUCAUACGAACUGCUGAAGAUUGAGGUGACUGUCGACAUCUUCCAAAUUUGCCAGGAUGCCUAUUCCUCCUCCCCCCCCUCCGCCUGGACCUCCACCAGCCCCCACCUUUAACCAGGCAAACACUGCAGCUCCGAAACUUCAUCGAGAUGAAGCGAAAGGAAGAGGAGCUCUGCUCUCAGACAUCUGCAAAGGCACCAAACUGAAGAAGACCACUGUGGUCAAUGACAGAAGUGCACCUAAAAUUGAAACUCGAGGUGGCAGCAGUGGUGGAGGUGGAGGUGGAGUUGGUGCUGGGCCAAUGGGAGGGCUGUUCAGUGGAGGAGUGCCCAAACUACGACCAGUCGGAGACAGCUCCGUAGGAAGGUCAGCGGUGCGGCCGCCUGCCUCUAGACCUUCAGUACCUCGAGCUCCAGGUAAUUCUGAACCAGCCAGCUCCAGUCGCUCCACACCUCCAGAACAGGCACGAAAUCAACGUCCCUCUCUGCCAGACUUCUCCAAAACAUCUGCUACCAGCAGCUCCUCAAAACCCACUACCUCUGCUCCACCUCCACCACUACCAUUCAAUCGUGGUGGCAAUCGCGGACCCUCCCCAGGCCAACAGGGUUCUGGGGCACACAGUCGUGAGAAACCCUUUCCAGAACCACCUGCAAGCAAGGGGCCUACACUGCCACCAUCUUCUCCUCUGGAUGGGCCUUCAAGACAUCCCCCCGUUUCAUCUCGCUUCUCUUCAUCCUCCUCCCCUUCCUCAAAUGCACCUCCUCCUUAUCGUCAGCCGACUAAUGCUGCAAAUGGCAACUCGGCCCCUGAGUUGCCACAGAGACGAAACUCGCUGAACAAGAGAAGCCAUGCCAAUGCUCAGGCUCCCCCUCCUCCACCCCCUGCCCACCAGAACAGACGACCUGCACCACCAUCACGCGAUCCAGUGGGGCGUAGCACAGCUCCUCAGGUUAUUCCUCAUACAUCUCAUAACGGGGUUCGGCAAAUGCCACCCCCUUACCGCGGGCCACAAACAUCUUCUGAACCUCCUAGUCGAGGGAAGCCCCCUCCUCUCUCCUCUACUGGACGCCAGUCUUCAGGACAUGCACCUCCUCCUCCUCCACCUCUCCGCAAUGGACAUGCGUCAUCUGCCCCCAAGUCUUUUUCUGAUGAUUUUGAGUCCAAGUAUUCCUUCCACCCAAUAGCAGACCUUCCCCCGCCUGAAGAAUACAGACCCUUCCAGAAGAUCUAUCCCAGCCAAAACAUCAAGACUUUAGUGAGAGGUGUUCCUCCACUGCCUCCAGUUGGAGGAAGAUGAACACUGUUCGGAGAAGUGAAGGACCACGAAAAGCUGACGUAUAAACACAUACACAAAUACGUACAUGCGUACACAGUAUGUAUUUAUGUGUGUCUGCCACACAAACAUUAAUUACACUUUCAGAUACAUCUCAAAAUGUGACAUCUUUCAUAGGGCAGCACUAUGAACACCUACAUGAUCUCUGAUUCAGACCACUCCAGAAUGCUGUACCUCUAGACCUAAAAACACUGUGCAAUAUUCCUGUGCUGCCUAGAAAUGCACCUUUCAAUAUUUUCUCAGAUGACAGCAGCACAGCAAUGUGAAAGCAUACAACUGCGGUUAACAUGAAGCUUGAUGUGUACAUUACAAAACAAAUAUUUUUUAUUCAAUGACAAAAUGUGUAGCACUUGUAAAUUAUUGAUGGCUAUGGAUAUCAGACAGUCAUGUCGUUUUAUAUAUUUUUAUUCUUCUUAUUUUCCUUUUAUUUCCAAAUCAGUCAGGAAUGAGUUCAAUUCUGAAAGUGUUUGCUUACACUGCAAAGGCCAUGAAACAGCCUUGUACCUUGUUCAUUCCACAGCUGUGUUUUCCUCCUCACACUACAGAGUAAGAAAAUAUAACGGCCAGUAUGGUCGCGUAGGUUUUAAGAGAAGCUGAUUUUAAAAUAAAUAAUAAUAAUAAUAUUCUUUUUGAAUCUAAACGACAAAGUGCCUUUGGAUCUGUUGGAGACUUGGUCUUGUUGGAGAUCUGUGUUUUUGAAACCGUACACAAGUAGUGCAAUCUUCUGGCUCUUCUGCACACUUCCACCUGCUGGAGACCAAUGUUUCUGGGUCAUUUAUAGACUGCAUUUUCAUUUCAGGAAAUCAAUUUAAGUAGAUUUUGAAUAAAACACUACAUGUUUUUUUAAUGAAGAGACCAAGUACUUUAAUAAUGUUAUAUAGGAUUUUAAUAAUGUUAUAUAGGAGUAUAGAACUGUAUAAUUGGGAUUUGGUGAACAAUAAUUCAGACUUUUUGAAUGUCUUAAAAUAUGUGUCAUUGUUAUUCUGAAAUAAAAGGUGGGAAUGGGUA